AGCCUCGUCACUUGCUAGUACACGCUCGUGAGUACCGGGGACCCGCGAGAGGAGAAAGAAACCGAACCGUGUUAAUCGCGUCGCAGUUCGCCGUUCCCACACCCACAACUCUGAAUUUACAUCAAAUAUGUCUACUACCACCUGUUGUCAAAAACCCCAGGUUAUAAUGCACGACCAACACAGAAAAAGUUUGACUCUAUAGCCAUAGGCAUCCCGAGGACUUGAUUACAGUCGCUUCAAGCCUGAUAGUUUGCAUCGGUGCGACUGCCCUCCCCCCUCCGUUCUCACCCGUCUGGUUGCCUGGCGUUGCUUCCGACUCCCCCCCCCCCCCCUCAGCUAGUUAAGAGGACUUGAGUUCCCUUGUAAUCUCCGUCUGCCUCUCGGUCUCUUCCUUCGGUUCCUGCUCUACUGUCGCCAGUAGCUCUCUCCGGACUUACGUCAUACACUAUUAGGAUUUUCCUCCAAAUUCAGCGAAAAUGAUUCCCAACGGUUUUCUGAUCUUCGAGGACGAGACUUUCCUGGACUCCACUGUGGCCAAGAUGAACGCCCUGAGAAAGAGUGGACAGUUCUGUGACGUCAGACUGCAGGUGUGCGGUCACGAGCUGAUGGCUCACCGUGCCGUGUUGGCGUGCUGCAGCCCCUACCUGUUUGAGGUGUUCAACAGCGACAUCGAGCCCCACGGGGUGUCUCACGUCACCUUCGAGGACCUGGACCCAGAGGCUGUGGAAGUCCUGCUCAACUACGCCUACACUGCCCAGUUGAAGGCAGACAAGGAGUUGGUUAAGGAGGUCUACUCUGCGGCCAAAAGGUUCAAGAUGGAGCGCGUCAAACAGAUCUGUGGCGACUACCUGCUCACCAAGAUGGACUCCCAGAGCGCCAUCUCUUUCCGCAACUUCGCCAGCUGCAUGGGAGACGGCCGCGUCCUGGCCAAGGUGGACGCCUACAUCCAGGAACACCUUCUGGAAGUUUCCGAGCAGGAGGAUUUCCUGAAACUCCCCCGGCUCAAGUUAGAAGUAAUGCUGGAAGACAACCUGUCCUUGCCCAGUAACGGCAAGCUGUACUCCAAAGUGCUCAGCUGGGUCCAGCGCAGCCUGUCGGAGAACGGAGACCACAUGGACAGGCUGAUGGAAGAGGUGCAAACGCUGUACUACUCUGCCGACCACAAGCUGCUGGACGGGAGCCUGAUGGAGGGCCAGACGGAGGUGUUCGCUGGGGAUGAGGACCACCUCCAGUUUGUGCAGAAGAACCCUCCCAGAGAGAGCAGAGCAGAGACGCAGAGACAGCUGAGCUGCAGCUCCUCCGACAGCCUGUCCCCCAACACCCCCCGCCAGCCCCGCCACAGAGAGUGGAAGUACAUCGCCUCUGAGAAGACCACCAACUGCACCUACCUGUGCCUGGCCGUGCUGGACGGGGUGCUGAGCGUGAUCUUCCUUCACGGCCGCAGCAGCCCCCAGACAUCCCCCUCGGCCACGCCCUGCCUGCUGAAGAGCCUGAGCUUCGAGGGCCAGCCCGAGGAGCAGCCUCUCUCGCCCAUGCGUUACGCCCGCUCCGGCCUGGGCACCGCCGCGCUGCACGGGCGGCUCGUCGCCGCAGGAGGGUACAACCGGGAGGAGUGUCUGAGGACUGUGGAGUGUUACGACCCAAAAGACGACCGCUGGACCUUCAUGGCCCCCAUGCGGACCCCCAGGGCUCGCUUCCAGAUGGCCGUGCUCAUGGGUCAGCUCUACGUGAUGGGCGGCUCCAACGGCCACUCAGAUGAGCUGAGCUGCGGGGAGACGUACGAUCCGCACACCGACGAGUGGGCUCAGGUGCCAGAGCUCCGGACCAACCGCUGCAACGCAGGUGUCUGCGCCUUGAACAACAAGCUGUUUGUUGUGGGAGGAUCCGACCCCUGCGGGCAGAAGGGUCUGAAGAACUGUGACGCCUUUGACCCUGUGAGCAAGACCUGGAACAACUGUGCCCCCCUCAACAUCAGGCGGCACCAGGCGGCGGUGUGCGAGCUGGAAGGUUUCAUGUACGUGAUCGGAGGGGCGGAGUCGUGGAACUGCCUGAACACUGUGGAGCGCUACAACCCUGAGAACAACACCUGGACCCUCAUCGCCCCCAUGAACGUGGCCCGCAGGGGGGCCGGGGUGGCUGUCUACGCAGGCAAACUGUUUGUGGUGGGCGGUUUCGAUGGGUCCCACGCGCUGCGCUGCGUGGAGGUGUACGACCCCGCCCGGAACGAGUGGAGGAUGCUGGGAAGCAUGACGUCGGCGCGCAGCAACGCGGGCGUGGCCGUGCUGGGAGACGUGAUCUGCGCCGUGGGCGGCUUCGACGGGAACGACUUCCUGAACACCGUGGAGGUGUACGACCCCGAGGCGGACGAUUGGAGCAGCCUGGCGGAGGCGCUCUGCCCCUCCGCCUGAGGGAGGGAGGGUGGAGGAGGGA